AUGAGGUUCUGGAGCGGACUUGUCUGCGCGGGCCUCGCGUCCGCGACGGCCUUAUCAAGCAGGAACGGUGGCAACCUCGACGCCUGCCCUGGCUACAAGGCUUCCAACGUGAAGAAGACUGGCAAUGGCCUCAAGGCCGACCUGACGCUUGCCGGCAAGGCGUGCAACGCCUAUGGCACCGACCUGAAGCAUCUCACACUUGAGGUCUCAUACGAAACAGAUGACCGCAUUCACGUCACGAUUCAGGACAAGGACAACCAAGUCUACCAGGUCCCUGAAUCCGUCUUCAAGCGGCCAGGAGGCAAGAGCUCCGCCGGGUCCAACAAACUCAAGUUUGACUACACCGAGUCGCCCUUCUCCUUCAAGGUCAGCCGCGCCGACUCCAAGGAGAUUCUCUUCGAUACUUCGGCGGCGUCGCUCGUGUUCGAGUCGCAGUACCUGCGCCUUCGGACCAGCCUGCCCCAAGACCCCUAUCUCUACGGCCUGGGCGAGCACUCGGAUCCUCUGAGGCUCCAGACCAAGAACUACAUUCGCACAAUGUGGAACCAGGACAGCUACGGACUGCCCAACAACUCCAACCUCUACGGCACUCACCCCUUCUAUCUCGAGCAGCGAAAGGGCGGUUCCCAUGGCGUCUUCCUUCUCAACUCCAACGGAAUGGACAUUUUCAUUGACCAGACCUCGAGCGGAAAGCAGUACCUCGAGUACAACACCCUGGGCGGCGUCUUCGACUUUUGGUUCGUUGCUGGACCCAGCCCUACCGACGUCGUCAAGCAGUACGGCAAGAUUGCCGGCACCCCCGCGCUGCAGCCGUACUGGGGUCUGGGCUUUCACCAGUGCCGAUACGGUUACCAGGAUGCUUACAACGUCGCCGAGGUUGUCCAGAACUACAGCCUGGCCAAGAUCCCCCUGGAGACCAUGUGGACCGACAUCGACUACAUGGACCGACGCCGCGUCUUCUCCCUGGACCCUGAUCGCUUUCCGCUCAAGAAGAUGCGCGAGCUCGUAUCUCACCUUCACAAGAACGACCAGCACUACAUUGUCAUGGUUGACCCUGCCGUUGCCUACCAAGAUUAUCCCCCUCUGCAUGCAGGAGUCAAGGAUGACAUCUUUCUGCGCCGCGACAACGGGUCUCUCUGGCUCGGCGUAGUCUGGCCCGGCGUGACCGUGUUCCCCGACUGGUUCUCCAAGAACAUCCAGAAGUACUGGGACGGGCAGUUCCAGAGCUUCUUCAACAAGGACACGGGAGUCGACAUUGACGCCUUGUGGAUUGAUAUGAACGAGCCAAGCAACUUCCCUUGCAACUUCCCGUGCGACAACCCCUAUGAGGCAGCCAAGGGCUUCCCUCCCCCAGCGCCUCCUGUUCGCCAGCCACCUCGUCCCCUGCCUGGAUGGCCCUGCGAUUUCCAGCCUCCGGGCACUUGCAAGCGCUCCGAGGUUGAGGAACGAGAUGUGCCCACGCUCGAGGCUCGCGUUCCCCAGCCUGCGGUCCACGACAGCCUCCCCCAGGCAGAGCGCCGCGCCGCGGGCGAUCAAAAGGGCCUCCCUGGACGCGACCUCCUGUAUCCCAAGUACGCAAUCCACAAUAAGGCCGCCUACCGCGAUGAUUGGAACGCCGACAAGGGCGGCAUCUCCAACCACACUGUCAACACGAACCUGAUCCACCAGAACGGCCUGGCCAUGUACGACACCCACAACAUGUAUGGAUCCAUGAUGUCCACCGCCUCGCACGACGCCAUGCUUUCCCGCCGUCCCGGUCUCCGGCCCCUGAUCAUCACCCGAAGCACGUUCUCCGGUGCGGGCACCAAGGUUGGCCACUGGCUCGGCGACAACCUGUCCACCUGGGACAUGUACCGCAACUCGAUCCGCGCCAUGCUGGCCUUCACCGGACUCUUCCAGUUCUCCAUGGUGGGCUCGGAUGCGUGCGGCUUCGGCGGCGACACCACCGAAGAGCUCUGCGCGCGAUGGGCUGCGCUCGCGGCCUUUUCGACCUUUUUCCGCAACCACAACGCCGAGGGCCAGAUCAGCCAGGAGUUUUACGUCUGGGACACGGUGGCGAGCAGCGCCCGCAAGGCCAUUGACAUCCGCUACCGCCUCCUCGACUACAUCUACACGGCCAUGUACCGCGCCAACGACGACGGCCGCCCCGCGGUGCAGCCCAUCUUCUACAAGUACCCAGAGGACAAGGCCACCUGGGCGCUGGAGCUGCAGUACUUUUACGGCGACAGCGUGCUCGUCGCGCCCGUCACGGCGCAGGGCGCGACCAGCGUCGAGGUGUACCUCCCCGACGACACCUUCUACGACUGGUACUCGCACAAGCCCAUCCUCGGCGAGGCGGCGACGCACAAGUUCAUCGAGCAGGACACGACGACGAUCCCGCUCCUCAUCCGCUCCGGCGCCAUCAUCCCCGCGCGCGCCAACUCGACGUACACGACGACGGAGCUGCGCAAGCAGGACUUUGAGCUGCUCGUCGCGCUCGACGCCCACGGCAAGGCCAAGGGCGAGCUGUACCUCGACGACGGCGUCUCCAUCGACCAGAAGGGCCGGUACUCCCUCGUCAGCUUCUCCUACGACAAGGGCACCGUCACCUUUGACGGCAAGUUUGGCUACGACGGCCCCGCCACCGUCUCCAAGAUUACCGUCCUCGGCGGAGGGUGCAAGCCCCGCCCCGGCAAGCGUGAGCACACCACCGGUGGCGACAAGAAGUACAGCAAGACGUACAAGGUCCACGUCAAGCUCAACAAGCCUGGCAGCGUCAAGGUUGGCGGCAAGUGA